CCGGGCCGUGCCGCGGAGGCCGCCGAGCGCUCGGCGGGAGCCGCAGAGGAGACACAGCACGUUGUGAGGGCCCUAUGCCCCCAGGAGACUCCUGUGAGGCAGCAACAAGUGAUGAGCCACGUGGUGUCUCAUCUGAGCAUGGCUGAGGAUCAGCAGAGUGUGGACAAAGCAGUUCCUGAGAUGGGCCCAGAAGCAUCUGGCAGAGCUUUGAACACAGCCCCUGGUGUCAGCACUGAGCAGGCACCAACCAGUGUAAGAGCCACCCAGCAGCACUGCAAUGGAGCCUUGGGUUUUGCUGCCUCUGCACAAGAGCCCAAGUUUGCUUCCAGCUCUGGCAUCCUGGCUGAAGCCCAUCCUCUGGUUCAUUCAGUUGCUGCAGGUGAUGAAGUGCUGGGUGGUUCAGUGCCUGCUGAGUCAGCAGGGAUGCCAAGGGUUUCUGCCUUGCAGAAGCCUGAGUUGACUCAAACUGCAGGAAGUGUAGCCAAAGAGGACAGGACCCAGCCAGAGGCUGCUCCUGGAGAUGAGACAGUCACAGAGAAAGCAACAGCAGGUGGAGAUGCCCACAAGAGGAAAAAGAAGAAGAAGAAGAACCAAAGAGCAGCUGUCAGUGAAGCAGAGCUGCAGGGUGGCAGUGGGAAGACACAGGGAGAAGCUAACACAAGACAAAGUAAAGACACUUCCCAGCAGGAUGAGAGCUCUCAGCACUCAGGUGACCAGCUGCAGAAAGAGGUGGAUUGGUGUGUGGAACAGCUGGAACUCGGCCUCAAGACACAGAAACCCACUCCAAGGCAGGCUGAGGAAGCUCUCCGUGCCAUCAGGACGCUGCGCAACGCCAAAGCUCCGCUGGUGAAGAAGAGGCAGCUCAUGAGAACCAUGUUUGGAGACUACAGGAAGAAGAUGGAGGAGGAACUGGCCAAAGAGCUCAAGCAGGUGGAAGCAGCUCUGAAGUCUGCCAGGAUUGUGGAGGUGCAGAGCAGCACCCGCAGCACGAGCGGCCGCUUCAUCCGCAAGAGCCUGGCAGCGUGCAGGAGGAGCCAAGCUGCAGCAGGACGCCCUGCAGAGCCACCCAGGACACUGCUCACAGCUUCCCAAGAGGAGUUGAAGUUAAAUCUCUCAGAGGAAAGUCUUGGAGGUGAAAACUGUGCCUGAAAAACUCAGCCACAUCUCCCUAGAGGCAGAGGAAUGGUCAAAGGGAUGUGGAGAAGGUGACGUGGGAGUGUCUGUGUGUUCCCUCCAGAAAGGUUCCUCUUUCACAGUGCUCUCUCCAGAGGUCUCACACAGCUCCCUGCUGUGCCUGUGACCCCAUGACUCAGCCUACAAAAUGCCCUCCCUGCUGUGGGAAGGCCUCUUUGCCAAAGAUCAGCACAGAGUCUGGAAGGGUCUGUGGUUUUGUUCCCUCUGCUGUUGACAUUGACCUGGGAAUCUGGGAGACUUUUCCCCCCUCACCCCCCAUCCUCCUGUGUGAAGUGGAGCAGCCCUUGUGUGGCAGCACAGGCAGUGAUGCCUGCAGAAGGCUUGUGGUGAGGACAGUCAGUGUGAGCACAGUGGAUGGUUGGGAUGCUUCUGCAAGCUGCAAGAGUGUGAGCUCAGGACCUUGAGGAACGAGUGAGAAUCGACCUUGCUCCUUCAUCCCUCUGACAGGUAGAGAGCUGCAAGCACUGACUGAACCCACCCAAGGGGUGUAGGAUAACUGCUGCCACACAGGGGAGGGGUUUUGUUGCUGAAGCCACAGGCUCUGCAAGGAUGUGCCAUCGAUUCUUAAAGGCAGAAGUUGACUUUAGCCCAGUCACAGCUGGCAGUGGCUCAGAGGGUGGAUAAGCUGCAUGCCACAGCUUGGCUGGGGGUGGGAUG